AUGCUCGGCGACGACGACGCGGACGCGGACAACGACGGCGGCUGGUUCGUCCCUGUCGUGGUCUCCGAGCCGCGCGAGGACCGCGACAAGGCCGGGAAGCCGUCUGCCGUGUUCGACUGCGUCUACCACUCCUCGCUGAAGGCCCGUGCCCUCAGGGAUGCAGAGUUCAAGACGUUCCUCAUCGAACUCGCCUUCCAGCGCAUCGAAGCCCAGCACGGCCUGCUCCUCUCGCGUCAGAUCGGGACCCCCAACAUCAAAUUCAAGGGUGAGCUCAAGCCACGCACCGUGCUGAUACCCGCCGCGCUGUUCCCGGGCGGUGUGCCCCCAGAGCCACGCGCAAAAAAUAGCAUCGCGGGCAAGAAGCUCGUCGAAGACGUCAGCCCAGCCACGAAGCAGCCCACGGACGCGCCGCAGGGCAUCCUCAAGAAGCCUGCACCAGCGGCUCCCUCCGCGCCAGACCUUGCUACUCCACUCCCGAGCCCUGAAAUCUCCUGGUCGAAGAGCGAGCACGGCCUGACGCUCUAUCUCAAGGUGCCCAAUCUGACGCACACACACAUCCCGUCCGCGACGCUCGACCUCGAGCCCCGGCGGCUCAUCCUGCACGUCCCGCCUGUCUACGCCCUCGACCUCGACCUCGACACGCCCGAUGCGCAGAUCAGGGACAGUCCGUGGCUCUCCAAGCCGGCCGCGGACCAGGUGCUGACGCUGAAGCGGCAGCGGGACUUCGACGUCGACCACGCACGGGCAGAGUGGCGCGUUGGAGAAGGUCGUCUGGUCGUCCAUGUGUAG